UGGCUGAUGUGGUUGAUGUGGUUGAUGUGGUUGAUGUGGUUGAUGUGGUUGAUGUGUGUGGUUAUUGUGGUUGAUGUGGUUAUUGUGGUUAUUGUGGAGAGUUGAGUGGUGAAUUGGCAAGUGAGAGUGGUGAGAACGAAGCGAAAUGGUUGGCUGUGCCUAUUCGGGCUCGGGAAUCGUUUCUUCUGCUUCUUCCUCUUCUGUCUUGCUGCGACGACGACGAAGACGACCGAGAAGACGAAGCCGACGACGACUCCCCACGUCUCACACACUCCCCCUCCCUCUCCCCUCCCCCCCACCCUGCCAUUCAUCCUCACCACCUCCCAUCCAUCCUCACCACCACCACUACCACCACACUCCUGCACUUCUCCACACCCUCACCCACACACUCUCUUUCUCUCACACACCUCAACCUCUCACCUCUGCGGUUAACCCUCACCCACACCCAGAACCCAGACCCUCUCUCAUCCCGCCGAUCUUCUCCCUCAUCUCUCCCUCCGCCCUCGCCGGCCCUCGCCUGCCUGAUCCCCCCCAAACCUCACCUAACCUCCUGCAAUUCGCAGCCGCUCUCCUCCGCCUCCUGCCCUCUACAUGUUGCAUCCGAUACCAUAGCAGAAUCCCUUAGACGUCGUCCUCACCACAUUUCGUACCCGACGUAACGAAACGAAUACCCAGCUAUACUGCUCAUCACAUCACAUACCAUACUUACAUCUCACUUACUCACCCUAAAGUACAUACCCAUACCAUACCUUCUUACAUACAUCAUAACAUCCACAAAGUUCUCCCGGUACCUUACACAUACCGGUACUUCACCCCACAUUCGAAGCGAAAGCCGCGAAAUCCACUUCCAACACCUACAUACAUACACCUCCCGGGCCCAGAAAAGCGAGCUCUCCACUCGCCCUACUGCCCCAUCAUUCCCGUCCGCGCUCCAUUAGACGAUUCUCCUCCACCCCCCAGUCUCCGCGCACACGCCAGCUACCUACAUAGCCGAUACCUCCCCCCCUACACACACUUACAUCGCCGUCGCCGCCACCCAAACCCUCUCCCGUUUCUCCCCCGCGCCUGCCAACGAAACCACCCCCCUCCCCUCCCCCCCGCC